AUGGCUUUUCUGCGUAAACUCUGCGCAGAGUACUCUGUUUUGAUAUUACUAAUCAAACAUGCAUAUUUAACAUGCAUAACUUUUUUUGUUGACUUAGGAAGAUACAUAGUGGUGAAAGGCAUAAUCUCUCCAGCUGGAGAUAACUAUAAAAAGAAAGGUCUAAUUGAAGCCUGUCAUCGGUUAGAGAUGGCUAGACUAGCCACGGAGAACUCUGAUUGGAUCUCAGUGGAUGACUGGGAGAGUCAGCAUCCGGAGUGGGUGGAGACAGCCAACGUAGUUCGGUGGCAACAUCUUAAGAUCAUCGAGAACAACAAUGAUGAUGUGGACACAGUGAGGUUUGGGAAGAGGAGAAAGCUGCAACAAAAUAAAAACAUUUGUCAGAGCUCUUCUUAUAUUAAGACAAAAGCAGACACCCCUCAUUUGAACCUUCUGUGUGGGGCUGAUUUGCUUGAGUCAUUUGGUGUUCCCAACCUUUGGAAGCCAGAGGGCAUUGAGGAGAUAGUGGGUCGCUACGGUGAGACGUGCAUCACCAGAUGUGGCGGUGAUCCUGAGAAGUUUAUCAAUCAGUCUGAUAUUCUGUACAAACACCACAUCAACAUCUAA